AACCUUCCAGAGAAGGGCGUAGUGGCAGGAAGUGAUAUUCAGUAUUUCUAUCACAAAUCGGAGCUUGGUGCACUGCUUUACAGUUUUUUUUACUACAGUAUAGGGAUGAAUUCUUCAGGUUAAACAUCGACACUUGAUGAUUUGAAAUACUAUCGAAGAACAUACACACGUUUUUCUUGAUCGAUAACUGGGUUCAAACAGUUAAAGAUGGACAGUGAAAUAACAGUAGUUACAAAUCCCGUUGUAAAAGUACGGGUAACAAGCACCCUCUCCUCGUUUGAGAACCAGAGCAAGUUCAAUAGAGGGAUUACUAUUGCGGAAUUGAAGAGCAAACUGGAGCUAAUCGUGGGUGCACCUGCCUCCUUCAUGGACCUGGAUAUUUUCAGUGUCUCUGGCAAGUUCUUACAAAAAAUGGAUGACAAUGAAGCGCUGCUGGGUUCCUAUCCUGUGGAUGACAAUUGCCGAAUACAUGUUAUUGACAGAAGUGGAGGCCAGAUGGGUGAGCUCCUUGAUGUUUCUAAAGUGGAAAAAUUUGAGAUCUCAGAUGACGCCUAUGAUAAAAGGACAGACUCAGCAAGGUCGUUCAUGAAAAAACAGCAUGUUGGUCGCUUCAAUGAAGAAGAAAUGGCGAAGAAGCAAGCUGAUCUCAUGGCUCGGAACGCCGAACAGAAGGCUGCUGCUGAUGCCAUUUCUGUUGGUAGUCGCUGCAAAGUGGAGGUACUUGGGCAGCCUGUAAAACUUGGCACCGUCAUGUAUGUUGGUACAACCGAUUUCAAGCCAGGUUAUUGGGUUGGUGUAAAGUAUGACGAACCCCUGGGAAAACACAAUGGAACUGUCGAGGGGAAGAAAUACUUUGAAUGUGGAGACAAAUACGGUGCAUUUGUGAAACCACUAAGCGUGACCGUGGGAGACUUCCCUGAGGAGGAUUACGGUUUAGACGAGAUGUAGGACUGUGUAGUUUUGUUUGCUUGGUUUAUUUGUUUGGCUCCAAAAAUGUAAGCGCCAACCUCAAACUGUUAUCUGUUCACCAAACAGAGAAGAUGGAGAGUCCUUUUAUUGUUUUUGCUUCUCUAUGGGGCAUGUUCCAAAGGCACUUUAGUUUCAAGUUCUUAUUCCAACAUGACAGAGGACGUUGUUAUGCUGUGAUUGUAACUAAAGAUGUUUACAAAAGAGCAGUUCAAUCUAGAGGUGUUUGACAAAGCAGAGGGUUUUUGUUGCAGUAUAAUGAAGUUUAAGUUGAGUUUUCUCACUUCGUGUACUUUUUGUUCAUUUGCUUGCUGUCUGUGAACCAGUUAUUUCUCCAUAUUCAGUUAACCUCAGUGUGUUUCAAAAUGAAUGUACAGAAGUGUCUCAGUUUUUUUCAAUGGACAAUGAACCCUGGCUGAUAUUGACACUAACAUAUGAAGUGUGGCAUUGUGACUUGCAUUACCCAACUAUAUAUAUGUCCUAAGAAUUUACAUAAAUUCAUUGCUAUUCAUUUACAGCUAUGAUUGACAGAUUAGAGUGUCAUGCCAGGAGAAAAGGCAAUAUAUCCACAUUAGCUGAUAUUUCUAUAAUGAAGAAAAACUUAUCAAGUGUAUUCUGAGUCUGGGGUGCCACCCUUCAUCUCUGAGUGAAAAUCUUGGUUUUCACAGCCUUCUUUUUUAGACAAAAUACAUAUGACCUAUGUGCAAGGGUAAAUAUUUGCUUUAUAAUCAUUAUUGAACUCCUUAAAUUUAUGUUUAAAAUAUAAAAUGGUCCAAUUUUCAGUUUUCCAAAUGAAUAUAAGUAUUUUUUUUUCUUUUUUUUUAAAAACUAAAUUCCUAUUGUUAAAAAUGUCAUUGUCCAAACUUGAAUGUGUGUUGUUAAUAUUCAAAUGUUUCAAAUUGUCAAUUUAAAACAAUUUUUCUUUUUUCCCUUUAAAUCUUAUGUUACUUAUUUAAUUUAAACCACUUUCACUUCUGUUUAAAUGUGUCAGAAUCCAUAAGUAAAAUCAAUCAUUUGUUUUAUAUCCCAGUAAAUGAAAACACACACACACAUUUUCAACCUAAAUGAGCACUAAACUAAAAUAUUUCUAAAAUGUCGAAUAACUAUCCAAUUCAGGUCACACCUAAUGAGCAGGGCUUUUUUAAAUGGCAUUUUCUGUAGUUGAACAUAAACAUGUUUUUUUUUUCUCAUCCUGUAGCAGUCUUUUCUGCUCACUCUUGUUAAUUGCUGGCUGACAAUUUUUUUGUUUUUGUUCUUAGUCUACAGUGACUAUUUCCAUAUGUUGUAUUGUCUUGUGAACAAAAUGUUGAGGCCGCUUUUUAAAGACCUCCAUUGAUCUGAGGCGCCUUGUCACUAUGUGCCAAAGGGUAAUGCAUAAUAAAAACUAUUUGUCAGAUA